AUGUUGCUCACGCUCCAACCACAGUACACCGGCCGUGAAUUCAAUGAUUACACGGCUAUUCGCACAAACAACCCGACUCCACGGUCUUCGUGGUCUGACUCCUCUGGACCGGACACUGCGUGUAUGGAGUCGGUCGCUGGAAAAGAGCUUCCCCCGCCUUCUACUCUAGUUCAGCCACAACCUGCGAUGCCCGCGCCUUUACCUCCGGUACCGCAGCUUUGGCAAGGUACCGAAGCUAUGCAACAGUGGCUGGUGGCCAAAGCUGAGGACGAUCGCCGGAGCCAAGAGGAAGAAAAGACGCGUCAAGAAUCAUUGCGACUGGAACAGCGCAAAGUUGAACAUACGAUCUUGCUUGAAUCGUUGCGCGCAGGUGUGCCGCCACCUCUGGUUCCAUUCAUCUUCACGGGAAUGAAUAAAACCAAUCCAGCAUGUACCCAGUCGCUCAUCGAUGCAGCCCAACAAUUGGUAUCGCAGUCUUCUCGCAGUGUGCCAGCCUCUUCUUCUCAACCCCAACAAGCAUUUGGUGAACAUACAGCUUCUACUAGUACACUCCCACCUCUUAAUGUCCAAUCUCCACCAACUCAACCAUCCGUGGGAGUUCACCAGAGAGAUAUGCGCACCCUCGCAACUAGUAUGUAUACCACUCAGCUGCCCUUGAUGAGGGCUGUAGACCCAACAGCCCACCAGCCUGAAAAUAGAAGCUCGGUUUCCUCCUUAGCAGCUGGUCUGCCUACUCAGGCUCCAAGGCCCAUGGACAUGCAGCAGCCACAAAAUGGUCAACGUACUAGCAUUGGCUCAGCGCAGCAUCUCGUUGCUCCCCCUAAUGCUCAAGGCGCUCCAAUUCAACAAGAGUUACGACAAUCACGCCGAUCUUCACCUUCCAUAUCAUUUCACCACUGGGUGCCUCCAGGAUCACAUCUGCAAACACCGACAUCCACCAAAGACCAGCCGGAAGUAAAUCCGGUAUCUAACCAACCGCACCCCCCUGCCCGAACUGAUGUUUCCUCUUUCUACUCCCCCGCUCGCAAGAGAAAGUCCCAGACAGCUCACACCUCAAAUGCCCCUCCCGCAACUCGCUCAUCGGAAUAUGUUCCAAGAGAGAGCCGAUCUUCUCGAAAUAGUCCAAUAAUGAGCCAGUCGCAUCAUCAACAGCCACCCCAGGGUGCUAUGCCGACUCCGCACGAGACUACAACCGUUCAGGAUCGACCUGUUAUCCACCGAUUGGACUCGACGGAAAAACUAAGUCCCAGAAUGCGUCGAAGAAGGUCAACUAGGAGUUUCAAGUUUGAACGUGACUCUCAGAGCCCAGAGGGAUAUCGACCUGUUCAAGAAAAACCAUCAUUCCCAGGCCAAGCUCCCACGUCGGAUCCGGAGAAUAUCUCAGACCCUUUUCAGGACACUGGCGAUACCGCCAUGCCUAGCAAGGCAGAUGGAAAAGCCGAACACCCUUAG